GCUGAGAAGAACAGCAACGGCUUAAAAGCGCUCCAGCGCUAGCUCCAGUCCACGUGUGCGCCCCGAGUAGUUGCGUAGAGUUGACCGCAGUCAUUGACGAAUGCGUGAUCGUGAUUGUUUUUUAAAGUGCUUUGCAGCUCUGUCCUUCCUCAUCACAGUUGUUCCCUUUUCCAAGAACUCAACCUACCGAUACCGUGGACCUUGGAAACUUGUUUACACAACUGAUACCGCGCACUCGGGAACCUACUUAUAUAAAUUUGCUCACCGAAACACCUCCGUUACGGCAGUCAAAAGCAGGUUCGUCUCCGUGUUGUCCGAUAACCGAAGUUCUUUGAUCGUCGCUUACCCCUUCAUUCAUACCGCCGUUCGCGGUUCUCGUGGUGCAUAGCUACAACAACAGCGUGGGGCAGAUACAGCCGUCGCCGCCAUCGAUUGAUUGUUGUUAUCCGUGACAUUCCGUGAUCGCAAAACGGGGAUUAGAAAUAUGGCAUCCCGAGUGUGUGGUGCUGUGUUGCUGCUGGUGUGUGCUAGUUUUGUGGGACUGCUCCAAGGUGGCCAGGCCCAGUUUGCAACCGGAACACAGCUGAAGAAGGUGGUACAGUGGACCUCGCUGGACUUUGCGUUUCCCUCGGCGAGGGAUCGCAGUGAAGCGAUUACCUCCGGGCGCUAUAUUCCGGAGAACUGCAUCCCACUCGACAUGGACGUAGAUUAUGGCAAUCCUGCCAAAUCGCGACUGUUUGUGACUAUUCCACGAUUCCAGAACGGCAUACCGUACACACUGGGACGCGUUUCCAGCACUCAGGGUGCCUCGGGUCCGCUGGUGGAACCGUAUCCGAGCGCCAGCAUCCAAGAUCGACCGGAUGGUUCGAAUUGCCAGGGUAUAGUAUCCGUUUUUCGGAUCAAGAUCGACGAGUGCAACCGUAUGUGGGUGCUGGACACGGGAAAGGUUGGCGAACGGCGUAUGUGUCCCGCGAAGCUGCUGGUUUUCGAUAUGAAAACGGAUCAGAUCAUUCAUCGGUACGAGAUCCCGGCCGAUCAGUUGGUUUGUGAGCUUUCGCUGUUGGUCAAUCUGCUGGUCGACGUGCAGGACCCAGCACCACUUGGCACGUGCCAGAAUACGAUGGUGUAUAUGGCCGACGUGACGGCAUCGGGAAUGGUCGUGUACAACAUGGCCCGGCGCAAGUCGUGGCGCAUCACUAACAAGCAGAUGUACCCGAACCCCGAUCAUGGCACGUUCACCGUAGCGGGUGAAAGUUUCGAUCUGAUGGAUGGUAUCGUGGCGAUGGCAUUGUCACCGCGAAUUUCCUCCGAAAAUGUGCUCUUUUCCUCGUACGGCCAAAGCUGGCGUCCAGCGAGUGAUCGGUUGCUGUACUUCCACGCGCUAGCUUCGAUGACUGAGAAUGCCGUCCGGACGUCCUUGCUCAACAACGACACAAUAUGGGAGGAGAAUGUGGAGGCGGAACCGCGUGCCUUCCGACCGAUCGGUAACCGGAACUCGCAAGCCGUCGCUCAGGCGAUGGAUAGCAAUGGGAAUCUCGUGUUCGGGCUCGUCUCGCACAAUGCGAUCGCCUGCUGGGACUCGACGACACCGUACUCGCCGGCCAAUAUGAAAAUUCUGUCGCAGAAUAGCCAAACGCUGCAGUUCCCGAGCGGGGUAAAGAUCCUGCGUAAUCGUAAGGGCGCCGAGGAGCUGUGGGUACUGUCGUGCCGUUUCCAGAAGGUGAUGACCGGUUCGCUGAAAACCGGCGAGACCAACUUCCGCAUCCAGGCCAUACAGAUGUCGGAUAUUCUGGGGGGACGUACCUCCUGUCGGUUGUAAGACAAGAUAUGAGUGUGUUUAUGCUUGUGUGUAUGUGUGUGUGUGUGUGUGUGUACGUGUGUAAAUGUGUGUAUGUUGGGUAUGCCGCGUUUUGAUCGCAUACAGAUUCCAGUUCAAAAUAAAACACUAAACUAAUUCAAAACUG